CCAAGAUAAAAGUUCCCCGCGGUCCAGCCUUUUCGAGCCCUGGUUGGAUAGGUCCUAGUGAAUUGUGGGAAAUGUAGUUUAGGGUGAGCUCUGCGCAUCCGCAGUUCUUGAAGGGAGGCCGAGGAAGGGUUUGAUUAUUCCGGCUUUUAGUUCUUGGCGGGCCUUUGUGCUGGUGGGUCUGGCUUCUCAGUACUCUGCUCUUCCCCAAGAAAGGUGAAACGAGGAGAAAAGGAGGGAAUGACUUCAGUGCUCCUAACAACCAGGUCCCAGAUACCACUGACCUUCCAAGAUGUGGCUGUGGACUUUACCUGGGAGGAAUGGGGGCUCUUGGAACCUUCUCAGAAGGACAUGUAUUGGGAUGUGAUGCUGGAGAACUAUGAGAAUUUUCUCUCUCUUGGAGGCCUUCCUGUUUCCAUACCAGAUGUGAUUUCCCAGAUGGAAAGAAUAGGAGCACCGUGGAUGGCAGAGGGAGGAGUCCUGAUUAGCACUUUUUUAGGUUCCCUUAGUCAGAAGACAAGAUGUGAAAUCAAGGAACCCACUCUAAAUCAGGAUAUUUUUGUGAAAGAACAAGGAACAUUUACAAAGGAUGGCCCCAGGCAAUCUACUUUGGAAGAAACUUGGGCUCAUGAUAUUGAAUUAGACAGGCAAAAGGAAAAGCAAGAGACAAAGCCUAGGGAGGAAAAAGUCAUUCCUCAACAGAGAGUUCCUAUGGGAGAAAGUUUCUAUAAAUGUGAUACACUUAGAAAGAGCUUAAAACAGGUCUUAGAUCCAUUUAAACAUAAGAGAAUUUCCACCGGGAAGUCACUUUGUAAGGAUAGUAAAUGCAAAAAGCCCUUCAAUUACCAAUCAAAUGUUAUUCAUUACCAUAGAAAACAUGCCCCAGGGAAACUCCAUAAGUCUAAUGAAUGUAACAUAAACUUCAGCAGCAUUUCAUGCUUUACUGUUCAUCAAAAAAAUCACAGUGGUCUGAAACCCUAUCGGUGUGAUGAUUGUGGGAAAGCCUUCAGCAAGAAAGGAAUCCUUAAUAAACAUAAGAUAAUUCAUACUAAAGAGAAACAAUUGAAAUGCAAUACAUGUGGGAGAACCUUCAGAUACUACUCAUGUCUUAUGAGACAUCAGAGAAUGCAUGCUAAUGAGAAACCCUAUAAAUGCAGUGAAUGUGGGAAAUGCUUUAGGCAGAGGGGAAUCCUUAAGACACAUCAAAUAAGUCAUACUAGAGAAAACCAUUUGGAAUGUAAUUUAUGUGGGAAAGGCUUCAGGUACCGUGCAUCCCUUAGGGUACAUAAAAAACUGCAUAGUGGAGAAAAACCCUACAUAUGUAAUGAAUGUGGGAAGGCAUUUAGCCUCAAGGGAAACCUUAAAAGUCAUGAGAGAAUCCAUACAGGUGAGAUGUCUUUUGAAUGUAAUGAAUGUGGAAGGGCAUUUAUACUGAGGAGAGCUCUUAACAGACAUAAGAGAGUUCACAGUGCAGAGAAACCCUAUGUAUGUAAUGAAUGUGGGAAAGCCUUCAGGUGGUGUACAAACCUUAAAACACAUAAGAGGACUCAUACUGGAGAGAAACCCUAUAAAUGUAAUGAAUGUGGGAAAGCAUACACUGAUCAUCAAAGUUUAAUUCGUCAUCAACUAUUUCAUGCUGGAGAUAAAACCUUUCAAUGUGAUGAAUGUGGCAAAGUCUUUACCCACAAGGCAAAUCUUAAACGACAUAAGAGAUCACAUUCUGGAGAAAAACCCUAUAUAUGUAAUCAAUGUGGGAAGGCUUUUAUUGCAAUGGAAAACCUUAAAAGACAUACAAGAAUCCAUACUGGAGAGAAGCCCUAUAAAUGUAGUGAAUGUGGGAAAGCUUUCACCAGUCACCAAAGCCUAAAUAAUCAUCAGGUAUUUCAUACUGGAAAAAAAACCUUCCAGUGCAAUGAAUGUGAUAAAGCCUUUACCACAAGAGCAAACCUUAUUAUCCAUAAGAGAGUUCAUACUGGAGAGAAACCUUAUAUAUGUAAUGAAUGUGGGAAGUCAUUCAGUGUGAAAAGAUCCCUAACUCUGCAUAAAAUAACUCAUACUGGAGAGAAACCCUUUGAAUGUAAUGAAUGUGGGAAAGCCUUCCGCCAGAAGGGAAGCCUUAAGAGACAUAAAAGAAUUCAUACUGGAGAGAAACCCUAUAAAUGUAAUGAUUGUGGGAAAGCCUUCACCAAUCAGGAAAGCCUAACUUACCAUCAUAAUCGGGAGAGACCCUUUCAGUGUAGUAAAUGUGGGAAAGCCUUCAUCCGUAAGGGAAAACUUAAUAAAGAUUCAAUAACAGAUACAGAAAUGAAACUCAAUAUCUGUUAUAAAUGUGAAAGAGCUUUUAACCAGAAGGGAAACCUUAACACACAUAAAAUAACUAUAGAGAAACAUUCUGAACAUAAUUAACAUCUUAAUGAAUCUUAGGAGGAAGAUGAGCCUUAAAACCUCAUCUUACCACAUAACUCCAGUUGGAGCUUGGGAGCCAUUAUGUAAAAUACACUUAAACAGGGACAGGCUAGCGAUCAGGUUUCUAAUGGAAGUUAUAAGGAGUUUUCUAACCCCAAGUCAUAUAGUUAACUACCACCAUAGACUUAAAAUCUUUAUACUCCAGGAUUCAAAAGAAAAAAAACAAAAUUUAAGUCUGGGGGAAUUAAAAUGGCUUUUGUUAGUUCUCCAGAUGGUUGUGGUGUGUUACAAUCCCAAGCUGGGCACUAUAAGAGCAUUAACCUGACCUUUCCAAGGAAAGGCUUCUGAAUUCUAUACUCCAGGAAAUGGGAAGAGAAUAGUAGGUAGCUCUUAGUGGCUGAAAGUCAGAGUGCACCUCACUAGCCAUAAGAUGUCAGACAAUACAGCCCGGGCUUGAAAUGAUAAAAUCAGUGGAGGUUGUGUGGUGCAUGGUUAAGGGCAGACUUUACCCAACAGAAAACAGUUUGGUUUAAAUUACCAGAGGAUGUCAGCCAUUUUAUCACAUUGGAGAUGUGAGCUGCCCCAGCCUCAUGUGUGCCAUGUCCACAUCAGUACUUCAUGUGUUUCCCUUAACAUGUUCCCUAGCCAAAUAUUUACUACAUGUAGCUUUUAUGUGUUUCCUUGGUCAUAUGUGUGGAUAGAGUGCUGGGUCUGCCCUUAGGAAAACCUGAGUUCAAAUCUGGCCUCAGACAUUAAUAGUGGUAUGACCCUGGGCACCACUUAACCUC